CGGACUAUGGAGUCCACCAAGGAGUUCUUCCUGAAGCAUCGCUACUUUGGCUUGAAGAAGGAAAACGUCAUCUUCUUCCAGCAGGGCAUGCUGCCCGCCCUGGGGUUUGAUGGGAAAAUCCUGCUGGAGGAGAAGGGCAAGAUUGCCAUGGCACCAGAUGGCAACGGGGGCCUGUACCGGGCCCUGGGGGCACAUGGCAUCGUGGACGAUAUGGAGCGGAGAGGCAUGCAGAGCGUCCAUGUCUACUGCGUGGACAACAUCCUGGUGAAGGUGGCUGACCCCAGGUUCAUUGGGUUCUGCCUGGAGAAGGGAGCAGACUGCGGGGCCAAGGUGGUAGAGAAGACCAACCCCACGGAGCCGGUAGGCGUGGUGUGCCGAGUGGAUGGCGUCUACCAGGUGGUGGAGUACAGCGAGAUCUCCCUGGCCACUGCCCAGAAACGGGGCCCAGACGGGCGGCUGCUCUUCAACGCGGGCAACAUUGCCAAUCACUACUUCACCACUGCCUUCCUCAAAGACGUAGUCAACACUUAUGAACCACAGCUGCAGCACCACGUAGCCGAGAAGAAGAUCCCACACGUGGACAUCACUACAGGGCAGCUGAUCCAACCCGAGAAGCCUAACGGGAUCAAGAUGGAAAAGUUCGUCUUUGACAUCUUCCAGUUUUCGAAGAAGUUUGUGGUGUACGAGGUGCUGCGCGAGGAUGAGUUUUCUCCCCUAAAGAACGCAGACAGCCAAAAUGGCAAGGACAACCCCACCACAGCCCGACACGCCCUGAUGUCCCUCCACCACUGCUGGGUUCUCAAUGCAGGGGGACACUUUGUGGACGAAAACGGCACGCGUAUCCCUGCCAUCCCUCGGUGA